AGAGUCUUGGGUUCAACUUUCAAGCCACCACUCACCCAUAGAUUCUCCCUCUCUACCACACACAAAAAAACACACAAACACACACUCAACAAUAUCCCCUAAAUUUCAUUUCAUUCUCUGCACAAUUCAAUCAAAAUGGUCACUCCAUUCUUGCUUGAAUCAAAUCUCAAAUGGAACCCAUUGCUCCACACUUUCCCCAUUCAUUACUCUCCCAUUAAACCCACCAAUCAUUUCAUCAAACACUUGGUUAAAUAUAAUCAAACCCCUAAAUUUCACAUUAAAUGCUCCUCUUCCCCUUCUUUCAAUAAUAUUCCCACAAGGGCUGUCUCAAAUUCACCCAAUAAGCAAAACCCAGUUCAGAUUUUAGCUCAAUCCAUCAUUAGAACCCUCAAGUCACUGCAGAAGCCGGCGAUUACUGCUGUUUUGUUGGGAAUUUUGUUGUUAUCUGAUCCUACCAAUGUUCUUGCUGCUUCUGGGGGGAGAAUGGGGGGAAAGUCGUUUUCGAGACCUUCUGUCUCUUCUUCCAGGAGCUAUUCUGCUCCAAGAAUGGACUCCGGGAGGAGCUUUUCGUCGGCUCCAUAUUUCGGGCCUUCGCCGUUUGGUGGUGGGGGGUUUUAUGUAGGACCUGCAGUUGGAAUUGGGUCAAGUUUCUUUUUUAUAAUGGCGGGCUUUGCUGCGUUUGUUUUGGUUUCUGGAUUCUUGUCUGAUCGGUCGGAUGAUGGUUUGCUUACUGCCACUGAAAAAACCAGUGUGCUCAAGCUUCAGGUUGGUUUGUUGGGAAUGGCACGAUCAUUACAGCAAGAUCUUAAUAGGAUUGCUGAACGUGCAGAUACAUCUACUCCAGAGGGUUUGAGCUAUGUAUUGACAGAGACAAUGCUGGCUUUGCUUCGUCAUCCUGAUUUUUGCAUCUCUGCUUAUUCAUCUGUGGAUGUAAAGCGGAGCAUGGAUGAAGGAGAAAAGCGAUUUAAUCAACUUUCUAUAGAAGAACGUGGAAAAUUUGAUGAAGAAACCCUGAUUAAUGUUAACAAUAUCAAAAAGCAAAGUGCAACAAGUAGGAGAGCUAAUGGAUUCAGCAAUGAGUAUAUAGUGAUAACCAUAUUGGUGGCUGCUGAAGGAGUGCACAAGUUACCCAGCAUUAAUAACAGUGGAGACCUAAAGGAAGCCUUGCAAGUGCUUGCCUCUAUCCCUUCAAGUAGAACACUAGCUGUAGAGGUAUUAUGGACCCCUCAAAAUGAAAAUGAUACACUUUCAGAGCGAGAACUGCUUGAAGAUUACUCACUUCUGAGGCCGUUAUGAUACUAUCAUUGCUUGUAAUUUCCAGUAGGGGAGGACCACGGAAGCUGCCUACAGGAUGUUAAAAGUACAAUUGUAUAGAGAUAAAUUUGAGGGUGUCAGUGUGCUAUAUAUAUCAUUUUACAUACUUUGUAAUACUACAUAGUCUAGAUCUUGCAUUGCCAACUUCAAAAUAUCUGA